AUGCUAAGUGCACUUUCAGUUGACCUCACCGUCGCUACUGCGAAGACGCUAGUUAGACUCCGACGUGAUGACUUGGUUCGUCUUUGCGAGAGCAGGGACCUUGACGUCGGGGGCACAAAGCCUCAGCUUGCUCGUUCACUGCUGCAAUGGCGCGAUCGCCGUACAAGCGAGUUCUCUUUUUCAUCACCGUCAUCAACGGGCACGGCUCGCCCACCAUCGACUGUACGUGCACGCAAGCGCCGAACAAGGAGCAGCAGUCAAGGCACGACUCCUGUUCUCAUGCGGUCCGAUCGUGUUCACCUUGACGAACCUCGGACUCCGGAGAACAACAAGGAGCCUGAGCCUGAGCUGGAGCUGGAUCUGGAGAGUUUAGGACUUGAUGACCGCGAGAUCCCUUAUGACAAGCUCACCAAGCUCGAGAAGAUCGGCAGUGGUGGCUUUAAGGAUGUCUUCAUUGGCAAAUUCAAGGGCCGCAAGGUCGCCCUCGCCGAGUUCCGCGAUCAACUAAGUUCAAUGGAUAUUAAGGAACUCAAGUUGCUCGGCGGCUUCGAUCAUCCCAAUAUCGUCCGUUUUCUUGGUGUUAGCAUUCCCGAAAAUACGAAAGAAACACCCGUCAUGAUUGUCAGCGAGUUAUGCUCUAACGGCGAUCUUUUUGAUUAUGUUCGCAAUGUAGCCCCGCCUACUCUUUAUAAAGUUCUCUGCAUCAUGUUCGACAUUGCUCGCGGCUUAGAAUACUUGCAUAUGCGCAAACCUUCCAUCAUUCACAGAGACUGUAAAUCGUCGAAUAUCCUCAUUACCUCCAAGGGAGUCGCCAAAAUUGCAGACUUCGGUCUUGCCAAGGUCAAGCAGUCCACCCGCUCGAUGGUUCGAAGUGUAGUGGGCACAGUCAACUGGCAAGCUCCAGAGCUGUGGAGUCCUCAUCCCAAGUACAACCAUAAGGUGGACGUGUUCUCGUGCGCUAUGGUGUUCUGGGAGAUGUUGCAAUGGCACGUUAGUACGAAGAAAUUCCCUUGGGAGGGUAUGAACGAGCACGCUAUUUAUGAUGCAGUUGGUGCAAAACGUCAAAGACCUUCGAUUGCUGGGUUACGGAAACAAUGGUGUCCUGAAAUUGUAGACCUUGUAGAACGCAUGUGGGCUCAGGAUGCGCAGGAUCGACCAACUAUGAGCGAAGUCGUCGAGGAGCUUGAACACCUUGUGACUGAGUAUCGAACGCGAUGA